GGUUGUGUUCCCGUUUCUGCCCCUGUAGAAGUAACUAGUGUUGAUGAGGAUGAUCCUGGUGGCUCUGCUGGUGCCUCUACUGGUUCUGUCCAGCGCUGGACGUCCCUCAGAUACGAUUGUCACCAGCUGCGAGGCGUGUCACGAACAAGCCGUCUGCCACACCUCGCCCAUGGCAGGUGACAUCACAUGCACCUGUAAGAAGGGCUUCUCCGGAGACGGCCUCAUCUGUUUACCUGGCCACACCGCCACCGCCGACCACCACCACGCCCUCGCCGUGUCCGCCGCUCCUACCCCACCUCCAACACCAACCUUGCCCAUGUCCGGUUCAGCUGCGGCUUCAACGAGUGCGCCGACGGGGAGGACUGCAUCACGGUCGCCGGCAUCCAGCAGUGCUCCAACCCCUGUAAGAUCUACACGGUCCUGAACGACGCCUGGCGUUCCACCAACAACCACGGGGCAACAGGCACUGCGACCGC